ACCGAGACGUACGUAGCUUUCAUGGCUUAUGUCGACUCAGGUCUCAGAUUUCAUAUCUCUAUAGUUUCAGGUCUCAUGUGCAUGCCUUUGUUCUCAAGUCCCGUACUUCAUGUCGUAGGUCUCAUACCAUAAAUCUCAGUUCUCAAGUCUCUAGUCUCAUGAUUAGGGUCUCAGGUCCCACUUUCCAAGCCUCAAACGUGUAAAAAGUCGUGUUAAAAAAGCUCUCUGUACAAAAGAAAAUUAAUUGAAUACUCGGUAAAAUCUCUAUCGUUUUGAAAUUUUCUGCAUACAGAAACAAUACAGUUGACCUACAGCGUAAAAUGAACUCAAGUCGACCUUCGUAUAGCAAACUUUUACCGAAACCGAAUAUUUUCCAAUCACUGCCACUGCACACUCUCUCUCUCUUGUGCUGCUGCAUUAUCGCUCUUUCCGAAAUAUGUAGCGCGCGCCUUUUCCACCUCCUUCUCAGUCAGACUCGACUCGUUGAAGCAAAUAACAUGGUGGUGGUGAACAUUGACAGCUACGUCCUUGAGAUGAACCAUAAUAUUGGAGUUUGCUGAAUCUUAUCCAUAUAUUGAGGAUCCGUGCAAUCGCGUGAGUGUACUAUUCUACAGAUUCUACAUCACAGUCCUUGAGUAAUUUUCGAUCACUGCGUUGUAUUAGAAUGUGCACAGAUCUCUGGAAUUAAGAUUGUUGCAGCAGUAUAUCAUCGCUUCUGAAUAGCCAGUAACAUGACUAACGACUCUCCUAUUAGUAGCUGUGACCGAUGUCCUCGGCUGGUGGCGUUCGGAAACGUGCUGUUGGACAUCAGCGUUGAACUUCGGGGCGAUAGUAGCAUCCUGAAGGAUUUCGACCUGAAAGAAGAUGACCAGCGGGAAAUUCCUGCGGAAAAGUUAGCUCGCCUGGUGUCCGUCGCCGUGGAAACGUGCGGUACGCCAAAGUACAACCCAGGUGGAUCGGCGUUGAACACAUGCCGAAUUUUGCGCGCCCUUGGCGAAAAAAAUAUCAUUUUCUGCGGUGCGGUUGGCGUGGACGAAUAUGGCAUCAAGCUGGAACAGAUGCUUAGCGACAGUUCGCUUAAUACUUGUAUUCAAACGCUACCCGAACAUCCAACGGGGACUUGUAUUUGCCUGAUCAGUGGUGACAAAAGAAGCUUGAAUGCCAAUAUUGGGGCAUCGCUGCACUUCAAGAAGGAGUUUGUAAGUUCACGGUGGUGUCAGAGUAAAAUUGGAAGCUGCAAUUCGGCCGCUCAUGCCGAUGUCGACGAGGAAGUUCGUGUUUUUUACGUAGAAGGCUAUUUUGUGCCAGAAAAAUUCGCCAUCUGUAAACACAUCUAUGAAAAAUAUUGCAAAGGUACGGCCAACCUAUUUGUGACCAAUUUGAAUGCCACCUAUAUUUUGCAAACCUAUACAAAAGAAAUGCAAUAUUUGAUUGAACAAUCGGACCUAGUUUUUGGAAACCUAACAGAGUUCAUCGCGCUAGCCGAAAUCUACGAAUGCGACGACGUCGACCAGUUGGCAAAAUGUUUGAUUCGAAAAUAUUUGAAAAUAAACCGAGAAAAGAUUAUCGUGGCGACAGAUGCGAGCCGAUGCGUGCGUUACUAUCAUGGAAACGGAAGUUCAUUCCACGCCGAAACGUUCCAGGUACCGGUUAUUCCAUCGAAAGCCGUGAUCGACACAACUGGUGCUGGCGAUUCGUUCGUUGCAGGAUUCCUGUACAAAUACAUGAACGGAGAAGCACCCACGCUAACCGAUUGCAUUCGAUAUGCUAGCAAAGUGGCCGGCAAGGUUAUACGCCAGGUAGGAUGUAAUCUACCAUCAUCUUUGCCCGCGUCUCCAAUGACGCAAACGACAGAGGAGUUUGAAUCAUUAAAUUAGAAAAAUACCUUAGUUUACUUUCUGCGGUAUAGAUUAUAGUUCCAGUUGUGUUUGUGGUAAGGUUUAGUCUGUUUUUUUAGCUUUUGUAUGCUGUUACUAUCCAUAACCAAAAAACUGAAACUAGGUAAUUAGGUAUUACCAAUUUGAAAAAUAUCGUUUUUCUCAGAUUUAUCAACAACAAAAAAACACAAAGAUCUAAAAACCCAACAUGCGAAAUAAAGUUAUAAGUUUUUGAAGAUCUUUGGCUAAGAAACUACAGAUGUGAUAACAAAUGAGUUAGAUUUGGUCGAUAAGUAUAAAUAUAAAUUGUUCAUUUAACAUUUUCCAUGCGUAAUUCAAAGGUAUGGUUAUAUUUUAGGCAGUUCCUUCUCUUUCAAAUAUCAAAGCAAGACAUCUUAAAGAAAAACUCAAAUGUGGAAAGCCAAUAGAUCUAUUUCAGUGUUCAUCGUUCUGUGCAACUUCAUUUAUUUAUUUGCUCCGUAUUCAUAAACCACAUAGUUAAUUCGCAGAAAUUCAUUUCAACAUUUAUACGGUUAUGGACUGUGUGGGAGAUCUCAAAUCACGGAAAAUCGUCAAAUUUAUAAGCAUAGGUCUCGGCGACAUUAUUUUCUGUUAUGUAAGGAUAUAAGAUUAUUAUUGAGCAUAAAAUGCGGUCGUACUUAAUACCGUUAUGUUUUUUUUUUAAUAGAACAAAGUUGAAUAUGUCAUUGGAAAUGGUGUUUCAAUACUUAAAUUAUGUUUCUAAGUUAUGUGAAGGUAAAUGGUGCAGAAUGAGACAGAUGAAUAUAAAACUGUUAUACGCUUCAACAAUUAUGUGAAUAUAUACAAUUGAUGACCACCCUUUAAAACCACCAAAAAUUUGAACAUUUAAAAUAU